UCCACGUAGUACUGACGUUUAGCGCCGUCCGUGGUGAGAAUCUGAGCCAGAACCCGGAAGUCCAGAUGGUUCUUUCUCAUGAGGAACAUCUCGCGCGGACUCUGCGGAUCAGUGGAGACUAGGGUCAGAACAAACACGCGACAGACGAGUCUUCGCCCAGACUCGGUCGUCUGGUACCGCCGAGGAAGACCUGAGCGGGGACUUACACACUGGCCGCGGUACUCAGGAAGGUCUGUGGGGAAGAAGUGGAGGAUCUUCAGAGACGUGUCGAUGGAACUGCAGCCGUCUCUCAGCAUCCUCAUGACGAUCUGCGGGGGACAAGGACAGGGACGGUCACAUCCGGAUCUGGGCCCGAGCCAGUGAGCCGCGGCUCCCACCAGGGUCUUGAGGCCAAAGACGAUCUUCAUGUGUUUGAUGGCCUUCACCAGGCCUGGCACCAGUCUGUGCGUCGCCUCCAGGAAACGGAUGACGCUCUCGAACCGCGGCACGUCUCGACUCUUCACGACGCUGCAGGCCCUGGCGGAGGACACACGCACUCUCCAGGGCUCCUCCAGACUCAGAGGCUGCGAGUCCACAUCCGGCCAGAGAGACGAGUCCACCACUGAGGGAGAGAGCGGGUCAAGCAGCCGCCGCGGAGGAGAGGAGGUGACGAACCAGCUCCGACCGUGCUGGAGGUCCAUCACGCGACGCGCCCAGACGUGCUCGAUGAUCCACACCGGAAGCUGAGGAAAGUUGCGCAAGGCCUCCUCCAGCUCGACCCCCUCCAUCACCGGCCCGGUCCGCUCAUGCUGAGGCUCGCAGCCGGACCCCUCUUUUAAUGCACCGCCUCGGCUGCAGACGCCGACACGGCGCGGACAUGUUGGGGCAAGUCGGGACCGGAAGUUCCUGGCUGGAAUCCGGCGCCCGCAUGUCAAAAUAAAGGCAGACACUCGGCACUGAGGAGAAGACAGGAGGCAGAGCUGGAGGUAGCAGAGAUGAAGAUGCUGAGCUUCUCUCUGGGAGUGAGAGCAGGAUGAUGAUAGGAUCGGAGGGACAGCACAUGUGCUCAGGUGUUCAGAAGACCAAGUCAGAGAGGCUGGAUGGAGAUGGUUUGGACAUGUACAGAAGAGAGAGAGAGCCAGUACAUUGGUAGAUGAAGAUGUUGAGAUGUUGGAACUGCCAGGCAGAAGGUGGAGAGGAAGGCCACAGAGGAGAUUGGUGGAGGUGGUGAAGGAGGACAUGAGGUUUGUAGGUUUGAGAGGAGAGGAAGCAGAGGACAGGGGGAGGUGGAGGAAGGUGAUCCGCUGUGGCCACCACUGAAGGGAGAAGCCCAGACAGACAGAAGACUCUUACUGCGGAGGGUCUCGGUAUUGAACCCGGAAGUAGCCUGAAGCCUCACAGUCCUCUGCGGUCGCUCGCUGGUCUUCGCUAUAACGUUUCUUCCUGAUGUCACUUAGUCCCGUAGAAGCUUGUUCAUCGAUGACAUGUGAUCUAAAGUCGGCAGCGGUCGCGUCGUUGAUUUUCAACCAAUCCUGCGUUUGUUCCAAAGCACAACACAAAUGCUAACGACUUAGCUCUGAAAGCUAACAGCGGACGAGGAGCAAGGAGCGCUCGCUGAGGUUCACCCCGCCGUCGCGUCGGCGGCUCUGUUGAGUUGGGUUCAAGUGCGGCGGAAGUGGUGAGCGCCGACUUGCCUUUGUGUUUGUGUCAAGUUAAAAGUGUAAGAAGUUCCCACCGCAGUUUAGAAGGACCGAGAUAGUUUCGUUGUACACCGGCAUAGAUAGCUGCCGCUCGCUUUAUUGACAAUCCCGUCAACCGCCCCACAUUUCCGUUACACCUUCAAAUUAAAACGGAACCACAGAGACAAAUAUCGAAUGUAACUUCUAACAAAAGUGUUUUGUGAAACCUCGGUCCGUCAUGCACGUGCCGCUGCGUCACCUGUGCAGGGCUGGGCUCACCGGUCUGGCCCCCCUCCUGCCCCCUCUGACCUCUGCUCGCUCCUACUGCUCCCGGGUCAAAGUGCGCUCUUACUUCAAGUUCCUGAAGAACAAGGUCAUGGCUCCUCCCGGGCCUCCGUACGGCCACGUGUGUCAGGUGGGCGACCCGGUGCUGCGCGCCCCUGCGGCCCCCGUGGACCCGGCGCUGAUCCCGGGCCCUGAGGUCCAGCGGGUCAUCAGCACCAUGGUGAGGGUCAUGAGAAGGCUGGAGUGCGUGGGCCUGAGCGCGCCCCAGGUCGGGGUCCCCCUGCGCAUCAUGGCCCUGGAGUACCCUCAGAAGAUGUUUGAGGAGACGGCGGCGGCGGCCAGAGAGGCACGCGGCCUCUCCGUCCAGCCGCUCAGGAUCUUCAUCAACCCGCAGAUGAAGGUGCUGGACGGACGGACGGUCAGUUUCCAGGAGGCCUGCGAGAGCAUCUCUGGUUUCUCGGCGUCCGUGCCUCGGUACCGGUCGGUGGAGGUCUCGGGUCUGAACGAGCGAGGUGAAGCCGUGGCCUGGCAGGCGAGCGGCUGGUGCGCACGCAUCCUCCAGCAUGAGAUGGACCACCUGGAUGGGGUUCUGUACGUGGACCGGAUGAACAGCAAGACCUUCAUCAACAUCCACUGGCAGGAGCACAACGAGUAGAGGUCCGAGGGCCUCGGGUCCGAACUGAGCAGAACUUGUCGAGACUUGUCUGGUUGCACGAGAGUAGCAAUAAAGAGGACUCUG